GAAAUUUAAUUUUGCUGCAUUUGAGUAUAUUUUUAAGUCGAUUUCAAUACAGAUAAUUUAAAUGUUUGUUUAGAGACACACAAUGGAUGCGCCCAUUGGCAUUGAUUAGUAGAUUUCCUUUGAUUGACGGACUAAAUUAGCCAAACAUAUUUUUCUUCCCCCAGAAGCACCAUAGAUUGUGAAGACAUGGUUAAAUAACGAUGCAAUAGAUAUUUGAUGAUGUGACAUGCUCGCAAUGGAUGGCGGGCAUUCGACAAAGAAGCGUGGCUUCUGCUUCAUGCUCGUCCGCAGUCGUAUAGGACAGCUGAUCCUGGGACUGUUGGCCAUCUUUGUUCUCUCAACCUUCAUAUCGCACUACUACAUUUCAAACUUUGGGGCUGAUGGUGAACUAGGGUACAGGUCAAGGUCAACAAAAAAUCACCCAGAAGAUGCUGACCUUGACAGAGUUCAAUGUCACGAGUUGAAAGGUCAGAUAACGGAGCUUCGUAGAAUUCGUGGGUCUGUAAACAAUGAACUCCGGGAGCUAGAAAGCAAGCGGUUGAGUUUGCAGACGGAAAUCACAAAAGUCAAAACUCACCUGGAAGCGUUAAGGAUCGAACAAGAGAAUAUUGAGAAGAAUAUCAAGCAGUUGACGUUGAACCUGGAUCAGCUGAAAGUAGAAGUGGACGAAUUUUCUAAUGGUGACCAGCAGAUUUUGAAGGCGCCAUUACGAUUUAUACCGUCAUCAAUAAGAAUUAAGGCAAAAUCAGGGACUGAGAAUGACCAGUUUCACAUUUGUUCGAUGUUCACAUGUUUCGACUUCUCCAGGUGUUCACUGCUGUCACCAUUCCUUGUUUAUGUGUAUGGUUUGAAUAGCCAUUUUACUGACAGCAAUUUAAAUGACUUUAUUAAAUCUUCCGUUUAUCAGGCUUUUGAUGGAAAUGCUCAUAUCACUUCUUCCCCUGAGACAGCCUGUAUUUACGUUGCCAUUUUUGGCGAAAUAUUUUCUGAAGAGUCCCCAGAAACAAUUCAAAAUAAGAUCAACUCCCUUCGGUACUGGAAUGGGGAUGGUCUAAAUCACGUACUCAUUAAUCUAGCAAGGUCUAGAUCUAAUGUGGAUCUAUUCCAUGGUGUUAAAACAGGCAGGGCUAUAAUUGUGCAAUCUUCUUUUGUUGAAACCGGUUUUCGCAGACAGUUUGAUAUUGUUGUACCACCGUUGCUGGGUAAUUCUGAUGGAGAAGUGUGGGCAGAAUUGCCUCCCUUGAAUCCAAUAAGGAGGAAUUAUUUACUUUCAUUUUCUGGACAGUUUAAAGAUAAUGCAAAUAGUAUAGCAGCAGUUCAUAAUAAUGAUAUUAAAAAGGCAGGUCCACAGAAUUACCAGUCUCGUACCUUACAGGCUGCGUUACAUGUUCCAAUAUUAAACUCAAGUGUAAAACAUGUUCAAAAUGAACUUGAAGACUUAGAAUCAAGUAUAGUGCAGCAACUUAAACUUUUUGAAAGUGAAGGUACAGAAAAACUCAGUUUUAAUUUUAUGUGUGAGUCAGGGCAUGAAACGGUCGGCAUCAACGGAGAAUGGUUACUCUGUGGGAAUGAAAAUGAUAGAGCGAACAUUUUGAAACAGUCAACAUUCAGCCUAAUUAUUGCUCCAGCAAAUUAUACAAUUAUCUCGACGACAGUGUUUCAGGCGAGACUUUACGAAUCUCUCAAGUCUGGUGCUAUUCCAGUCAUACUUGGGGACUAUGCUGAACUGCCAUUCAGCGAAUUGCUGGAUUGGUCAAAGGCGGUCAUCAUUCUACCUAAGCAGAGAGUCACAGAGCUGUAUUACCUGCUAAGAACCCUGUCCAAUGUUGACAUGAUGGAGUUUAAGAGGAAUGGACGCAGGUUUUGGGAAACGUAUUUCGGGACCAGUAAGAGCGUCGUGACAACCAUGCUGGCUGUCGUGAGGACUCGACUCAACAUUCCCGCGCCACCGGUACGUGAGGAGCCAUCACCGACCGCCGUCAGUAACUUCAUUCCAGUGCCACAGAAUUUGGCCCCAGACCCAGACGAGGUGACAGACGAAGUUCUGGGCCCUGUGGAACCUCCGUUCCCCUCCCAGACCUUCAAACAAAACUACACUGUCUGGACCCUGCGAGACCCCUUCAACAUGCCCGGGGACCCCUUCCAUCUAUUCCCCUUCCUGCCCUUCGAAAAGUUCCUGCCUUCAGAUUCCAAGUUCUUUGGUGCUGGGUCGGGGUAUCGACCAAUCAACAAAGGGGAGGGUGGAUCUGGCAAGGAGUUCUCGGAGUCCAUUGGUGGAAACCAUCCAAGGGAACAGUUCACAAUUGUAAUGUUGACAUACGAGCGUUCUGAUGUCCUGAUCAAGGCUGUGACGCGUCUGAAAGGUUUGCCACACCUCAACAAGGUGAUCGUUGUCUGGAACAACCCAACAGUGCCCUCCGAAAACCUCGGCUGGCCAGAAAUUGGGGUCCCAGUUGUGGUGGUCAAAAUGGCAAAGAAUAGCCUUAACAACCGAUUCCUACCCUUCGAGGACAUACAGACAGAAGCAGUACUGAGUAUUGAUGAUGAUUCGCACCUCAGACACGAUGAGAUUGUCUUUGGAUUCAGGGUCUGGCGUGAGGAGAGGGAUCGUAUUGUGGGUUUUCCAGGCCGCUACCACGCCUGGGACCCCCGCCAUGGGGGCUGGCACUACAACUCCAACUACACCUGUGAGAUGUCAAUGGUCAUCACGGGGGCCGCGUUCUUUCACAAGUACUACUCCUACCUGUACAGUUACACAAUGGCGGCGGCAAUACGGGAGAAAGUGGAUGAGUAUAUGAACUGUGAGGACAUCGCUAUGAACUUUCUUGUGUCCCACAUUACAAGGAAACCCCCUGUCAAGGUGACCUCUCGCUGGACAUUCCGGUGCCCCGGUUGCCCACAACAACUCGCCCUGGAUGAGUCACACUUCAGCGAGCGGCACAAGUGCAUCAACUACUUUGUUGAGAUCUAUGGCUACAUGCCACUAUUAUAUACUCAGUAUAGGGCCGAUUCCAUAUUGUUUAAGACACGGAUUUCACAUGAUAAGCAAAAAUGCUUUAAGUUUAUUUAGCCUGUAUACGUUUUUUUAGCUUCACUGAGUACCUCAUUAUCUUCAUCAGCUUUUGUUAUCUUCUUUUGUCAGUCGUGUGUUGAAUGUCGUUCGUUGUAAAUUGGCCUUGUGAACACUCUAGACACUGUAUGUAUUGCCCAAUCUUCAUACACUUGGUUAGGACAUUUUUCCAAUGUUAUCUUGGCAGAGUUUAAAACUGGGUAAUGAAGAUAAAAAAC